AUGCCACCAAAUAGCAAUUCACAUACUCAGGUGAGAUUAAAUACAAGCAAUGGGCCGUUGGCUCAGAUCUGGCUGGCUUCCAAUUUGAGUAGCAUCAAUCGGAACAUUGCAAAGACUAAUAUCGUGGAAUCUGUUGAAGAGAUUGCCAAAGCUGCAGGUGUUAAUCUAGAUGAUGAAUCUGUGGAACCUAUCACAUUACGUGCUUCCGGUGAGUUACUACAUGGUGUUGUAAAAGUUUAUUCUCAAAAAGCAUCCUAUCUGCUUACUGAUAUCACAGACUUACUGAGUAAAGUGAAAUCUAUCUUCAAGGGAUCGCUGAACAAGAGCGUCACAAUUCAGCUAGAUACAGUGGCAAAGUUAGAUCAGCUUUUAUUGCAAGAUGCGGUUACAGAACUUGACGUCUUGGAGAUGCCCAGUUUGGAUUUCUUGAAAGAUAUCCAAGUGCCAGAAGGUUUUUUGAUCGCUGAACGAUCAAUGGAAAGACAAGUGCAAGGAGCAGCACCUGUAACAUCCGCCAUUGCAGCACAACAACAAGCAUGGGAUAUGUCCUUAGAAGUUGGAAGGCGAUUCCUGGCAGAUGAAGAUGAUGACUUGAAUGCUAUUGAACAUCACGAUUCAUCUCAUUUGAAAUUAGAUUUUGACCUUGGUGAUUCUAAUCAAAGCAAUAACACUAAAUCAUGGGGUGAAGGGACUCGUGUUACUGCUAGUGAAGUAAACGCGGAUGAUGGAGAAAAUGAAGGUGAUUUGACUAUUAGAAAUGACAAUGACGAUGAUGAUGAAUUGCUACCACUUAACGAUGAUUGGGAUUUGGGAUUAAACGAUGAUGAUCAGAAUAUUUCUGGUAAUCAGUCUAGCCAUGGUAGCGACAUGUCUGUAGAGAUCGGGAGAAGGGCUGAUAUUACUCACUCAUUGCAUGAUGAUACACUCUUAGACUUUGAUCUAGGGCUGCCAAAGGACACAGAACCAGAGCAUCAAGAGCAAGCAGAGGCAUACAUACCACCUAGAGCAGUAAAGAAGAGGGCACCAAGGAAUAAAGCCUUUAUCAAUGUUAAGAAGGUUCUCAUAGAUGCUGAUGCCGAAUUAAACGAUUCUGAAGUGAAAGGAGGACCAUCGGACUCAAUUCUUAUCGUUUCUGAUGAGACUUCGUCCGCUAUAUCAAAGAAAAAAAGAGCCAUCGAUGAAUUAUACUCUGACCUGGACUUCCUUCCUCAAAAGAUUAUAUCUAAUUUCUUCAACCAUAAAGCUUCAAAGAAGCCUAGAGCUCUGUCACAAUCCAGCCAAUCUGAUGGGUCCGAUGUUGAUAUAGAUAUCUCUUUGGGUAUCGAUGGAAGUUUGGUACACAAUUCUGAUCCAUUCGAUCACCAACAAAUGGGCUUUGAUGCAGAAUCAGAAGGACCAGUGUUUGCUGAUGAUGAACCUCCAGUUCUUGCAGCUGAUACAUCCAUGGAAGAAAAUGAUUACCAAGCCAUUCAAUCAGACGAAUUUGCCUCUCGUGGGUCAAUUGAAAAGGAAAAAAGUCAAAAAGUAGAGCUUGCUACCGGUGAAAUCGUGUCUAAAUCUACAGUGGAAAUGGCAACUCUACUGAGAGAUGAAAUGAGCUCCGGUGAAGCUACUUUUGAUAAAAUCCUUACUUCGAAGUACCAGGAUAACGCGGUAAUAACAAAAAGAAUGGCCAGUAAAGCAUUCUUUGAGUUACUUUCUCUUGCCACCGCAGACUGUAUAUCAUUGAAACAGAAGGAAACAUUUGGACAAAUCACAAUUUUAGGAAAAUCAAACUUAUAUGAGACGUUUGUUACCGCAUAG